UCCCGACCCGACCCGACCCGACCCGCUUCCCUCACUCACUCUCUCGGUCUCUCCCCUCGCUGCUGGCCUUUUCCUCGUGUACACAGGCAGACUCUGUGUUUAGUGUUUACACUACUGGCACUUUGCAUCUCUUCCGCCCUCCCUUCGCUUUCACCUUCGAUCUUCUUUCUCUUACAGCAAUGGCCGCUUCUAGCUGAAUUCUUUUCUUCCAUAUUUUCUUCGCUUCUUUUCAUCUUCGGGGGGAUUGGGUUCCCUUUUUCUCCUCCAAAAAUGAUGGCGCCCGCGAAGCGGCGGUGUAGGGCGGUGGCGGUGAUGAGGAAGAUAAUAACAUGCGCUAUAUGUGCAUUCGCCAUGGUGGCCGUGCUCUCCGUACACGUCCAUGUUCAAGUCUUCCCUUCCAGAGUUCCCGUCUUACCUGAUCCUUACAAGCUCCCCACUACAACCACUCAGAAGGGUAUGACUGAACAGCAGCAAAGCUGGAGUAGAGAGGUUGUUCCACCCCAUUCCAAGGCACCAAUUGCUCCUCACCAGUUGGAAGGUGUUAAUGCUGUACCCGCUCUCAAGCUAUGGAAGCCUCCGUCGUACCGUGAUUAUUCUCCCUGUGUGGAUCCUAGUUCUAACUAUACAGCUCCUGGAGAGUCGAGUGGUUACCUAUUAGUUCAUACUAAUGGUGGGCUCAACCAGAUGAGAGCCGGGAUAUGUGAUAUGGUAGCUGUUGCUCGUAUCAUUAAUGCCACUCUUGUGGUUCCUGAGCUGGAUAAAAAUUCUUUUUGGCAAGACACCAGCAUCUUUUCAGAUGUUUUUGACGAGGACUAUUUCAUCAGUUCUCUGGCUAGUGAUGUAAAAAUUGUGAGAAAACUUCCCAAGGACAUGUCAGGCGUCACUAAAGCAGUUAAGAAUUUCAGAAGCUGGUCUGGGAUGGAUUACUACAAAGAAGAAAUCUCUAGCCUUUGGGAAGAUUAUAAGGUUGUUCGAGCUGCUAAAUCAGAUUCCCGCUUAGCAAAUAAUAAUCUUCCUCCAGAUAUCCAGAAGCUACGUUGCCGUGCAUGUUAUGAAGCUCUGCGUUUCUCACCUCAAAUUGAUGCCAUGGGAAAAUUAUUGGUGGAUCGAAUGAGAGCUUAUGGUCCUUACAUUGCCUUACAUUUGCGAUAUGAGAAAGACAUGCUUGCAUUCAGUGGGUGCACACAUGGUUUAUCUACUGCCGAAGCAGAUGAACUGAAGAAGAUCAGAGACGACACCUCAUACUGGAAAAUCAAAGAUAUUGAUUCUGAGGAGCAGCGAUCCAAAGGCUAUUGCCCCUUAACUCCAACAGAGGUUGCUAUGUUUCUUACAGCUCUUGGGUACCCGUCAAACACACCCAUAUAUAUAGCUGCUGGGGAGAUCUAUGGUGGUGAUGCUCAUAUGGGUGAACUCCUGACCCGCUAUCCUUUACUAAUGAGCAAGGAAAAAUUGGCGUCGGUUGAAGAGCUUGAACCGUUUCUCAAACACGCCUCUCAAAUGGCUGCUCUCGACUAUAUUGUGUCUGUGGCGAGUGCUGUCUUCAUCCCAACAUACUCUGGUAACAUGGCAAGGGCGGUUGAAGGUCAUCGUCGUUAUCUAGGACAUAAAAAAACUGUCACACCAGAUAGGAAAUUGCUUGUUCGUCUUUUUGACAAAGUUGAAAGGGGGAAAUUGAGAGAAGGUAGACCUCUUGCGACGCGUGUCAUCGAAUUGCACAAGAAACGGCAAGGAUCCCCGAGGAAGAGGAAAGGACCCAUCUCAGGAACUAAAGGCAUGGAUAGGUUACGUUCGGAAGAAUCAUUCUACGUGAAUCCAUUACCAGACUGUUUGUGUCAGAGACAAUCAUCAUUGAGCACAGGCACCUCUUCUGCAAUUAGGUAGACUGACUGACUUCUAAACCCUAGUGGACUCUUAAUUUUGUUUCUCAAGACAGACAGCAGACAUCCAAGUACAGCCAAGCCAAACCAGGAUAUCUCCCUUCAAAGUUGAAGACGAGCAGCAACCAGAGGGAGGGAGGGCAGAAGCUGGUUGUGGGUUCCCGGGGAUACGUGAUGUACAUAUUAUAUCUGUGAGUUGUGAAAUCUGCAGAAGUUUCUUCAUUGUUUAGAUUUCUUUUUGGGAGUGGGGAGGAGAAUUUGGAAUAUAUAGGAUUAAUAUCUGUUACAAGGGGAGGCAAUUUUACUCUGGUAAACAAGGUCUGAAAGUUUGAGAGAGGAAGAUUGGGCAGGAUCACCCUCUUAGUUAGUGGAAGUAUUAGUAGAAACUAGAAAUCAAAUUCUUUUAGUUAAUGGGGAGAGAGAUACUUCUAUAUGUUUUUGGUUUUGUUAGAAAUGAAAAAAAAAAAAAAAAAAGUUCCCUUGUUGUUUUGUUGAUCUCCAUCCGUGCCUCAGUGAACUAUUUUGGGGUUCUUUUUUAUUGUCAAUGGGCAUAAAAGUUGGUUCCUUAAUCUUCACUGAGGAUCAAGAAAAUGGUAUUAAAACA